AUGGAUGACCUGCCGGUUGAAAGAGAGCUUGUCCUCUUUCUUUGCGACAGCCUUCUGUGCGCUCACAAGAGUUCUGGAGUGAAGCUGCACCAGCUGAAGGACGAUGGCCAGACGUUUCUCUCCUGCCUUUGCAUUGCUAGCGGAGGAGCUUUGGUCCUGGGGGGAGAGUCCUGCCACUCAGCGGUGGCCUUGGCAUUGCAAGCGCUGCAGAGCCCGCAGGUUCACGACCACCUGGCAGAGGACCCGGCGGUGCGUGUGCUGGUGCUGCGUGCCGCCCGCAGCACCGCCAAGUGCCGCACACGGGAGCAGUUCCCGCAGAUCGUGCGUGACCGAGCGCAGUCGCAGCUGAUCCAGGACCUCGAGACGCCCUGGAGCGUCUGCGACCUCGAAGACGUGAUCCAGGGCCGCGAGGCCCGCUUUGCGGAGCUGUCGCCGUGCCAGCUGCGGCAUGGGAGCGGCAUCUACGGCAAGGGAGACGACCUGCACUUCCGCAAGGACAUUGCCGUGGCCGCCGGAGAUGAGCUUCUGAAAGCUGUGCGGCGCACUGCUGCCACCAGGUAUCCCGACUACCGGCAGAGAAGAGAGGUGUUGCUGGUCCUGGCGGCUGGUUGGAACGCCGAGGGCUUGGAAGACGUUUGCCUCGACGAGGACGGCCACGCCUGGCGCAGGGCGGAGCUGGUGGCGUUGGCGGAGCUCUGCGCGCUGAACGGCCACGGCUUCUUCAGCUUCCACGCAAAGUUCGUGGAUCUCCUCCGCAGGUGCCGCGAGGAGCACAUACCCUUUCUCUUCCAAGAGGUCUCUCAGAUCCGCAGCUUGCUGGUGGGCUCUCCAGAGAUCAAGCCGCUGCCGCUGACGCGCCCCGCGCAGCAGGGGCUGCCCUUUAAGCGUCGAAAGACCGAGGAUGCGAGCCAGACCGCUCCCAGUGGGGCAACCUCGCACCAGGUGAGCGGGGCAUGA